AUGGCUCCCAAUAUGGUACAGCGUCUUUACGCACUCACAGCUCUUGUAUCCAUUGCCACAGCCCAAUCCGGUGGAAUCCAAACUGGACUUCAAUAUGGAGAGAACUGGGCUCCCACGAUCAAAGACUCGGAGCUUGUUUCUGCAAACUUUCCUGAUGUCAACAUCACUCUUCGAUCCCCAGCAUUCCUGAACCCCGAGAAAGUGCCGGCUCGGUUCGCCGAAGGUACAGAGGGACCGACUGACUUGAACGAGUUGGACUACUUCAUCCGAAAUCUCGCCAAGAAGAAUGACUGGAUGACCUACGAGUCAGCAGCGUUCCUGUCCGAAGAAGGCCGCGCGAUCCCCUAUGUUUUCCUAUCCCUUCCCAACACCAACUCAAGCAGCAACAAGCUUAGGGUCUAUCUUCAGGCCGCGAUUCAUGGCAAUGAACCUGCUGCUGAUGAGUCCGUUCUUGCAUUUCUAGGCAAGAUGGAUGCUGAGCCAGAGUGGGCUGCGUCAUUAUUGGAGAAGAUGGACAUCAAGAUACUUCCUCGAUACAAUGUGGAUGGUGUUGCUUACUUCCAGAGACAACUUGCUUCUAAUCUGGACCCGAACAGAGAGCAUCUCAAACUGAUGCGAGGUCAAUCCAGAGAAAUCAAGAGGCUUGUUGGGGAGUGGAAUCCUCAUAUAGCCCUGGACAUGCACGAGUUCACAGUUCCAACUGUCUAUGGAGGAAAUUAUCAACAUGGCUCGGACGCUCUCUUGUCUGGAGGAAUCAACCCAAACAUCCACCCUGCCAUUCGCGAACAACUUCUCGACUUCUUCAUCCCAGCUGUUGGCGAGGAGCUAGAAAGCCACGGUCUUCGAUGGGAGCCCUACGUCACCGGGGCUUCUAACCGCACUGAAGGAUCAAGGAUCGCUUUCACCGAAGCUGUCACUGAAGCACGCACUGGACGAAACGCUGUUGGAUUGACUCAGACUAUCUCCUUUCUGCUUGAGAUGCGCGGUAUCCGUAUUGCCAAUCAGCAUUUCCAACGUCGCGUUGCUACCGCUCUCAUCAAGAUCCAGACUAUCCUUGAGCUUGCGAGAGACAAAGCUGACAAGGUCAAGUCUAUUGUUGAAGAUGCUCGCGAGGAGUUCAUCAACAGCGAUGAAGAUAUUGUCAUCACCGACUCUUACGUACCCGAGAACAGAACUUUCACAAUGAUCGAUCAGCGAAAUGGUAGUGUUGUUCAAAUUCCCAUCGAUUUUAAGCGCACCACCCCUUCAAUUGCAAACCUUACCCGGGCAAGACCAGAGGCCUACAUCAUCCCAAGAACUUGGAUUGAUGUUGCAGAGAGGCUUGAGAUCCUCGGCCUCAAGGUUGAGAAGCUUGACUACGAGUUCCGUCAAACUCUGGAAACAUUUAUCAUCGAGUCUUCCACUGUUGAGCCAGAAUUGUAUGAGGGUACCUACUUGAAUACUGUUACCACCAACACGACAACAAGAGAGGUUGUCCUGCCAGUGGGAAGCUUUUAUGUCAGCACCAGGCAGCAAAACGCGGCUUUGGCGUUUAUUGCGCUUGAGCCUGAGAACAUUGAUAGUUAUGUCAAGUUCAAUAUCAUUCCUGUGGAGGCAGGUAUGGAGUACCCUAUCUUCAGAAUCCCAAGGGACUAG